CUUCUUCUUCUUCGUCUCAUGUUGCUUCUUCUGCAACUAAUUCUAUGGGUGCUGCAAAGAGAACUGAGGGAGAAAAGGAAGCAAAGGCUCUUCUAACAUGGAAAGCUAGCCUUGACAAUGAAAGCCAGUCUCUCCUGUCUUCUUGGGUUGGAGGCAGCCCUUGCAAAUGGGCCGGAAUCAAUUGUGACGAGUCAAGAAGCAUCACAAGUUUAAACCUUUCAAGUUAUGGUGUGAGAGGUACCCUCCAUAGUCUCAACUUCUCAUCCUUUGCCAACUUACAUAGUCUUGACCUUUUCAAUAAUUCACUCUAUGGGACCAUUCCAUCACAUAUUGGAAACCUCUCAAAACUCCUUUUUCUUCGUCUUUCUAUAAAUAAAAUCACUGGGGGAAUUCCAUCGGAAAUAGGCCAACUACCAAGUUUAAGAAUCUUUUACCUCUCCAGAAACCUCAUCAGUGGUUCUAUACCACAAGAAAUAGGAAAUUUGAGCUCGCUUACUGACCUCUCGUUGUUCAGAAACUACCUUAGAGGUGCAAUCCCUGCUUCCAUUGGAAACUUGGGAAACUUAACCGCUCUACACCUCUGUUAUACUUUACUUUCUGGACCAAUUCCUUCCAGUAUAGGAAACCUGACAAAGCUCACCCAAUUGCACCUCCAAGAAAAUCAGUUAUCUGGCUUCAUUCCUGCUGAAAUAGGAAAGCUGAAAUCGCUCUCUCUUCUAAGUUUGUUCAGCAACAAAUUAACUGGCUCAAUACCACAAGAAAUUAUUAACCUUACAUGGUUGCAUACAUUGCAUCUAGGUGACAACAUGUUGUCUGGGUAUCUGCCACAAAAUAUAUGCCUCUCGGGGGUACUUGAAAACUUCACCAUCUAUAACAACAAUUUUGUGGGUCCUGUCCCAAGAACCCUGAAAAACUGCACUAGCCUGCUUAGAGUGAGGUUUGAAAGAAACCAUCUAACUGGAAAUAUAUCAGAAGACUUUGGCAUAUAUCCUAAUUUGGACUACAUUGAUUUGAGUUAUAAUAAAUUGUAUGGAGAACUUACUCCUGAUUGGGGGAAGUGUCAAAGCUUAAAAAGCCUGAAAAUAUCCCACAAUAAUAUUUCUGGUAGAAUACCAGCAAACUUUGGGGAAUCAAUUCAGGCACUUGACCUCUCUUCCAAUCAUCUAGUAGGAGAGAUUCCCAGGGAAAUUGGUAGGCUGACUUUAUUAUUCAACCUAAUUUUGAGCGAUAACAAAUUUUCAGGCAAUGUUCCAUCAGAAAUUGGGAUGCUAUCUAAUUUGAGACAUCUUAACUUGGCUGCAAAUAAUCUGAGUGGUCCUGUCCCCAAAGAAAUAGGAAAUUGUGUUAAAUUACUGACCUUGAAAUUGAGCAAUAAUAGAUUUGAGGGAAGUGUUCCUUUAGAGAUCAGUGGUUUGCUUUCUCUUCACGAUCUUGAUCUUAGUCAGAAUUCACUUGUGGGAGAAAUACCACCAGAGCUCGGAACAAUGCGCCACUUAGAAGUAUUGCGUCUUUCCCACAAUGAGCUCUCUGGUUCCAUCCCAUACACUUUCAGCCAAAUGUUAACCCUGACAUCUGUUGAUAUGUCCUACAAUCAGUUGGAGGGCCCUGUUCCUAACAACAAAGCCUUUCGUGAUGCUUCAACAGAAGCAUUUACAGAUAAUAAAGGCUUGUGUGGUAACAUCACCGGUUUGAUGUCCUGCCCCUCUAGGAAGAUCCACAAGGCAGAAGGUAAGAAGGGUCGCUUAAUCUUGAUAGCGGUCUCUUCUUUAGGCAGUUUGUUUGUUCUCUUUAUCAUUGCGGGUGUAUUAUGUUUCAUUUGGCUGAGAGUGAGGAACAAAGGAAAAAUCAAGCCAGAGGAUGCCCAAAAUGUUAAUUUGUUUGCAGUAUUGAGCUAUGAUGGACAACUGGUAUAUGGGAACAUCAUUGAAGCAACAGAGAACUUCAACUCCAAAUAUUGCAUUGGAGAGGGUGGAUUUGGAAGUGUUUAUAGAGCUGAUCUGCCUGGCGGUCAAGUUGUUGCUGUGAAGAAACUUCAUGCAAUAGAGGAUGACAGCACGGCCGGUCUGAAAGCUUUUUUAAGUGAGAUUCAAGCACUAACAGAGAUACGACAUCACAACAUUGUGAGGCUCCAUGGUUUCUGUUGGCAUCCACGACAUGCCUUCUUGGUUUAUGAGUUCAUGGAAAGGGGAAGCUUGGAAAGUAUACUUAACGACGAUCAAGCAGCAAUGAAGUUUGGAUGGAGUAAGAGGGUAAAUGUUAUUAAAGGUUUGGCCAAUGCUUUAUCCUACAUGCACCAUGACUGCUCAACACCAAUAAUUCAUCGAGACAUAUCCAGCAAGAAUGUUUUGUUAGAUUCAAAGGAGGAGGCAAUCCUCUCGGACUUUGGCACAGCUAAAAUUUUGAAGCCAGGCUCAUCCAAUUGGACCUCAUUUGCAGGUACCAUAGGAUACACUGCUCCAGAGCUUGCUUAUACAAUGGAAGUCAAUGAAAAAUGUGAUGUAUAUAGCUUUGGAAUGGUGAUAAUGGAAGCACUUCUUGGAGGCCAUCCAGGAGUUUUCGUCACAUUUUUAUCAACUUUGACAUCAUCAACUGCCCGUCAUACACUGCUGAAAGAUGUGUUAGACCAACGUCUCUCACAGCCCAUGAAUGAAGUCGCAGAGGAUGUGGUCUUUAUGAUGAAGCUAGCUCUUGCAUGCCUGUUAUCCAGUCCACAAUCUCGGCCAACCAUGCGACAAGCUUCUCAACAGUUAUCAGCUCAAAAGUGGCCUUCACCAGAGAUGUUCCACAUGAUAACAUUAGGACAACUGUUUGACUUUUAG